AUGGGAACUUCUGGCUUGGAACAUAAACGGCAAAGACUUCAAUUAAAUGGAUAUGAUGACAAUGCUCUUGCUAUUUUUCUUAACCCUGAAGCUCAACCUUCAGUCCAUAGAUAUAACCCUAUCCAACAACAAUUCAUACGGUGGUGUGAACUACAUCGUUUUAAUGCUUCUAGUCCUGAUCCUGCUCAAAUCGUUAACUAUCUUUCUUAUGGUCAUCUAACUUUAAACUGGAAAGUGGCAACCUGUCUCAAUUAUAAAUCUGCAAUACUUGAUUUAUACGACCCAUCUGCUCGUCAGGAAAUACUAAAAGACUCAAACUUUAUCAGAUUUUUUACCAACUUGCGUGCUUUAACCAUACGAUCUUUCGACAGACCCGACUAUGAUUUAACUCCUGUACUUGACAAACUUCACUCUUGGGGACCGAAUAAUCUUCUUACUGCCGAACAACUUACAAGGAAACUGUGUUUCUUAUUAGCUAUUACUGGUUUUCUUCGUCAUGCUGACCUUCACCGUAUCAACAUGCUGAAAACUUCUGUCCUUACCACCACUUCUCAACUCAAACUGGUUAUAGACUGUCCAAAAGAAAAACGUGGAGGCUCUCCUAUUGAACGUGUUGUAUUUAUACAUCAACAUCCUGAUUCUCUUUUAUGUCCUGUUCUAGUGUAUCAAGAAUAUGUUGCUCGUAUUGCUACUACUACUUGUCUCGGUCCUCAUCCUACUAGACCUUCAAGAACAAUUGGUUUUCUCGUACGUAGUCUCAAUGAUUUCAACUCAUCUGUGUCUGUUCAAACUAUUAGCCGACAUGUUCGUAGCCUACUCAAUCAUAUCACGGUCAUUCUAUACGAUAUUUAUUGGAGGAAAUACGACAACCCUCCUCCUCGUGCUCGUGCUGUUGGUUCCUCCAAUGCUGCUUUACAUGGUGCUAACCUGGAUGAUAUCUUAGUGCAUGGUUCUUGGGCUUCUGCUUGCGUAUUUGACAACUUUUACCGGUUAUCUCGUCAAACUGUCACUAACUUUACGACUAUGGCUCUUUCAAGUAAUCCUCUUGGUUUUAAUACUCUGAAUCCACAGUCAGAGUCUCCGACUCAUGACCAAUAA